AUGUGUGAUGCUCACCCUGGUGUGCGGCCUCGGAUACCUUCAUCUCCCUGGAGAGAGCAGGGGAAGAAGUGGAGCCAAGAGGAGGCUCAGCCCCCCACGAAAGCAGCACCAGAAGAGGAACGGGUCUCUCUGGACCUGGCCCUCCUGCUCCUUACCACUGAGGAAGGCCGAGACACUCCAACAUCUCCAGAGAACACAAGCCUUCCCCCCAGAGCUGGCACCCGACUUUGGACUUUAUCCUCCCACCCGGGGUUCCUGACAUUGGAGGAUGUGUCUGUGAGCUUCACGUGGGAGGAGUGGCAGCUCUUGGACUUGACUCAGAAGAAACUCUACCAGGACGUGAUGUUGGAGAAUUAUAACAACCUCCUAUCGCUGGUCCUAAACUAUCAGAGGAGGCUCGAGGUGGAGCAAGCCCAAGCCCGUGUGGAGUGUGGGAAAGCCUGCAGGCCUUGUCACCUCGCUGACCAACAGCACCUCCCUUCUGGAGGCAAACCCCCUGGAUGUAGCCAACGUGGGCGAGUCUGUCGGAAUCCCUCACCCCCCAAACGUCCGAGAUCUCAGGCAGAGGAAUCCCGCCCGGCGGAGGAGUGUGGAAGAGGCAGCUCGGUGAGGAACAGCUGCUCCUUGCCCCUGCAAACCCCCCUGGAAGACAAGCCCCAUAUCUGCAGCCAGUGUGGGAAAGGCUUCUCGCAGAAGCGCUAUCUGCGGGCGCAUGGGCGCACGCACUCGGGCCAGAAGCCCUUUGUGUGUGGGGAGUGUGGGAAAGGCUUCACGGUGAACCACAGCCUGCUCGUGCACCGGCUCCUGCACACGGGAGAGAGGCCACACGUGUGUGGCGAGUGUGGGAAAGGCUUCACCAUGAGGCGCUACCUCGUGGUGCACCGUCGCAUGCACACUGGCGAGAAGCCCUUCGUGUGCACUGCGUGCGGAUGGGGCUUCACAGCCAAGAGCAACCUGGUGGCGCACAGGCGCUCACACACCGGGGAGAAGGCGUUCGCCUGCAGCGAGUGUGGAAAGGGCUUCACCGCCAAGCGCACGGUCCUCCUCCACCAGCGGACCCACUCGGGGGAGAGAGCCGUCUGCGGCGAGUGUGGCAAAGGCUUCUCCACCCAGCGCGCGCUGGUCAUCCACCGGCGCACCCACACUGGGGAGAAGCCCUACGUGUGCGCCGAGUGUGGCAAGGCCUUCAACCAGAAGGUCUGCCUCGUGCACCACGAGCGAGCGCACACCGGAGACACGCCGUUUGUGUGCGCCGACUGCGGAAAGGCCUACUCGCACAAGUACAGCCUCGUCACCCACCAGAGGAGUCACACGGGUGAGAGACCCUAUGCGUGCCAGGACUGCGGGAAGGCCUUCGCCAUCAGGUCUGCCCUCACCGUGCAUCGCAGGAUGCACACCGGGGAGAGGCCGUACUCAUGCCCCGACUGCCUCAAGGCCUUCUCCUACCUGUCCAACCUGGCAAAGCACCGAAAGACGCACACGGGGCGAGGUGGGGCCGGCGCCCAGGUGGACGCUUCCUGA